AUGAGAAAAAUAAAACGAAAUUUUAAAAGACAGAAAUACCAGACUGGUGGUGCGCUGCCAAUUCUCUCUCUGAGCCUACCAUCCCAUCCCCUUCCCUUCCCUUCCCAUCCCAUCCCAUCCCAACCCACCACUCACCAACCACCGAUCUCUGCCGCCGUACCUCUCUGGUGGCGUAACUACUUCAGCCACUACACCCGUUGUCUCUCUUCUGUUCCCUUUCAAGACAAAAAGGCAAGUCCAUCCACGGUAAACACGCGCACAGGCUACUUAUUAUGUGUGAGUCCAUCCAAUAAUAGUUCUUUGAGACUGCCAUCUCAGCAGUCUCUUCGUCGUCUGGGACUUUGUCCUCGAAUUGCAAGUAGACAGCAAACAUCCCCAGUAGUCUUUCCAGAAAAACGCAGUAGAGGAAAGACUGCUAAAGGAGGCAGCGUUGGUAACAAAAAUGAGGAUCCUAAGAAUGCUAAGAGGGGGGAACAAAGGAUUGAUAUUGGAGAUGAGGAGUCUGAUUUACUAGGAUAUGAGGUAUUUGCGGGAAAACUGGCUUUGGACAAAAAGAAAUACAAUAAGAAUGCCGAGGCGCAAACAUCAAAAGAGAAUGCUAGCCUGGAUGCUGUUGAUGCUAAACUGACAAGCAAGGCGUUUAUCUGGGGUUCUGAGAUGUUGUCCCUCGAAGAUGUGAUUUCGUUAUCACACUGUGUUGGACUGAGACAUUUUACAGUGCAUGCAUAUCCUUGUCGAAAAGGUUCAUGUGGCAUUUUUUUGAGACAUGGGAAAAGUCGCAAAGACUAUCGCUUCAUAGCGUCCACCUCUGAAGAUGCACUUCAAUGGGUUAAUGCAUUUGCAGAUCAGCAGUUCUAUGUAAAUUGUUUGCCUCAUCCUAUGGCUUCUAAGAAGCAGGGUUCAGAUUCUAUUUUCAGUGAAUUCCCUCCCGAGUCAUAUAUCAAAUGUAAAAGUCCGACGAAAAUGCUUGUAAUUUUAAAUCCUCGUUCUGGACGUGGACGUUCAAGUAAAGUAUUCCAUGGCUUGGUUGAACCCAUAUUCAAACUGGCUGGAUUUGAGUUAGAGGUGGUCAAAACUACAUCUGCUGGUCAUGCUAGGAAACUUGCAGCUAGUGUUGACUUCAGUACAUGUCCUAAUGGUAUUAUAUGUGUUGGAGGUGAUGGAAUCGUGAAUGAGGUUUUGAAUGGUUUACUUAGUAGAGACAACCAAAAGGAAGCAAUUUCGAUCCCGAUUGGAAUUAUUCCUGCAGGUUCUGAUAAUUCUUUAGUUUGGACUGUUCAUCGGACUGCACUAGUUCUUGGGGUUAGAGAUCCAGUAUCUGCUGCAAUAGCUAUAGUUAAGGGAGGUCUUACUGCCACUGAUGUUUUUGCCGUGGAGUGGAUCCACACUGGGGCUAUACACUUUGGGACAACAGUUACAUACUUUGGUUUUGUUAGUGAUGUUUUGGAACUUUCUGAGAAACAUCAGAAACGAUUUGGUCCUUUACGUUACUUUGUUGCUGGUUUUCUCAAAUUCUUGUGCUUGCCAAAGUAUAGUUAUGGAGUGGAAUAUCUUCCAGCCAGGACAGAAGCUGGAGAGGGUAUAGUUUCGUCUGACCUCGAAGUUAUUGACACGUCAGAGCUCUACACCGAUAUUAUGAGAAGAUCAAGCAAGGAAGGCCUUCCUCGUGCCUCUAGCCUAUCAAGUAUUGAUUCAAUAAUGACCCCAAGUCGAAUGUCUGAGGCAGGCAUGGAUACUACCUGUAGAAGUGCCGAACCAUCCGCGUAUGUGCGUGCCAUAGAUCCAAAGUCAAAACGUCUAUCAGCCGGAAGAAGCAAAUUGACUGCUGACCCAGAAGUUAUCCAUCCUCAGCUACCUCAUACGGUUACUACAAGUAUGGCCAGCACCAGGUCAAAAUCUAGGCCAGAUAAAGGACGAACCAGAUUGACAGUCACCGUUGAUCCCUAUAGGUCCUCCUGGGGGAAUACAGACAAAGAGGAUAUCUCAUCAACAAUGUCAGAUCCUGGGCCAAUUUGGGAUGCUGAGCCCAGAUGGGACACUGAGCCUAACUGGGAUGUGGAAAAUCCUAUUGAAUUGCCCGUGCAAUCAGAGGACUCUGAAGCCACUGAAAAGAAGGAAACGAUACAAAAAUCUGAAGAGAAUUGGGUUGUCACCAAAGGUCAUCUUCUUGGUGUCUUGGUAUGCAAUCACUCGUGUAAAACUGUUCAAAGUUUGAGUUCUCAGGUGGUGGCCCCGAAGGCGGAAUAUGAUGACAACACCUUGGAUUUGUUGUUGGUCCGCGGAACCGGAAGGCUGAGGCUGUUGAGAUUCUUCUUAUGUCUGCAAAUGGGUAGACACCUUUCACUGCCUUAUGUUGAAUAUGUUAAGGUCAAGUCAGUGAAGAUUAAACCUGGAAAGCGCACACACAAUGGCUGUGGCAUUGAUGGUGAACUUUUCCCUGUGAAUGAGCAAGUGAUGUGUUCAUUACUUCCAGAACAGUGUAGGCUUAUUGGCCGAGCACCUGGUUCUAACAAGUGA